AUGGACAAGAUGGACCGCACCAAAUACCUUGACAGCCUCAAAGGGCUCGCCGCUGUCAUCGUCGCUUUCGACCGUUUGUUUCUCAACGACCUCAACCUCGCUUUUCGCUCGUACUGGGCCGAACCCGCCUCCAAAAACCGUGUAUGGCUACAAUUACCUUUCUUCCGCAUUAUAUUCGCGGCGCAUGCGAUGGUGACGCUGUUUUUCGUGAUUUCGGGAUAUGUGGUUUCGAUUAAUCUGCUGCGGCUACGAGAGCGUCGGCAUCAGGCGGAUUUCUUGGGACAGGUGGCUUCUGCAGCGACGAGGAGGGUGUUUAGGCUGUUCUUGCCGGUGGCGGUGAUUGCGUGUGUGUCGCAGUUUCUGUUCUGGGUGAACCUGUACAGUUGGACCUCUGUCGAAAUCAAACAGUUUGUCGCGGAGCACAAGAUCAGGCCUUGGAGUGCCCCCGGAGGUCAUCUUGCGUUCUUGUUUCGGUAUUUGACGGAUAUCGUCAAUCCGUUCGGCGCGUUGCAGUACAAGGAUGUGAAUCAUGGGCUUAAUGAGCAGUUCUGGACGAUGCCCUUGGAGUUUCGAGGGUCGUGUUUGGUGUACUUUCUUGUUGUGGUUAUGGCGCCCUGGAGAGCGCAACGAAGGCUGAUUGUGUUGGGUGCGUUGGCGGUUUAUUUCUUGUGGUAUGGCAUGUGGGAUAUUGCGACGUUCGUGGCCGGGCUGUGGUUGGCCGAGAUGAAGGUCAAACAGGAAGCUGAGCAUGGCUACCCGCACCAUCCUCAACAUCACCCAGACUUUGAAGAUGAUUCGGACGAGGAGAAUGUCAAUGGGACACUGCAGCCGCCCUUUUCAUGGUCCACAACAUCAUCUCUCUCAUCAACCCUGUCGAGCCUGUCAACCUGGAGCAGCUCAUUCCGCGCCGACAGCAAGAAAACUCGCCAAAUCAUGACUCCCGUCUCAAUCACGAACAUCAUCCUCUUCGUCCUGGGUAUUCAUCUCAUGUGUCUCCCCUCCGGUAGCACGGGCGGAAACGACGGCCACCUCACAACUGGAUACCGCAUCCUGCUGAUCUUGCAACCUUCGACAUGGAAGACCUGGGACGUCGUACACCACAGCUGGAAAGCCAUCGGCUCCGUGCUCGUAAUUCACUCCAUCAACAACUCCCCGCGCUGGCUGUUUCAACGUCCCCUCGAAACAUCUCGCACGUUACAAUACCUCGGCCGAAUCUCAUUCCCGCUCUAUCUCGUUCAACAAAUCGUUUACUCGCUGUGGCGUGAACCGAUCAAGAACUGGAUAUGGAAAGACCUCACGGGCUACGCCUACCCAGGCGGACAGCUGGCGGACCGAGAACGAUUUGCCUGUGUGGUCAUGUGGAUGGGAGCGACGAUGAUUCUGGGGCCGGUGUUGGUGUAUGUUUCGGAGGAGGUCGGACGGUAUAUCGAUGGCGCGGGCCUGGUUGUAGCGAGGGAGGUGGAGAGGUGGUUGGUUUAG